UGUGCUUACACAGGCGCUUGGGCUGCUCUWUAUAACGAUAAAGGUCAGUACUUUCAAAUCGACUUUGGACAAGCUGUGAAAAUWACAAAGAUUCUGACUCAAGGACGACCUGCUUCUUGGGGCAGGUCGGAAUGGGUUAAGAGCUACUGGUUGUCAUAUAGUCAAGACAAUGGCGUCUAUGAACCUUAUGUGAAAGAACAAGAAAAAGGCAAAUUGAUUUUCGAAGGAAAUAAAAAUAGCAAUGAAAUUAAAUCCAACAAACUUGAUGACCCAAUAUUUGCAAGAUAUCUUCGAGUACAUCCGCUACUGUGGAAACGUCACAUCUCAAUGAGACUGGAGAUUUAUGGUUGCACUAAAGGCUUCAUUCCUCCAGUGGUUCCYUCUUGCUUGUCCGCGUUGGGUUUGCAAAGUGGCGAUGUUCCUGACUCAAGGAUGACUGCGUCAUCACAAUGGAGUGGUAGCUAUAAAGCAGCCARUGGYAGACURUAUUUCCAAAAGAAAUCGGGGAGAAAAGGAGCCUGGGUAGGAAAACAUGGCAAAGAUCAGUGGAUGCAAGUGGAUCUCGGUAAAACGACUAAAGUACAAAUGGUUGGUACCCAGGGGCGUUCUGGUACUAAUCAAUGGGUCAUCAACUACUGGAUCUCUUACAGUGAUGAUGGGAUAUUCUGGCAGAAAACAGAUAUAUUUACUGGGAAUUCAGACGACUAUUCCGUUGUAAGRAAUCUUAUCGACCCUCCAAUUUAUGGCCGAUACUUCCGAAUUCAUCCAGAUCAGUAUCGCAGCUAUAUGUCGAUGAGGGCAGAGUUCUACGGCUGUACAUCUGGCAAGGACUUCACUCCUCCAAAACCAAUCUCUUGUCUACAAGCAUUGGGUAUGAAAGACAAAAAGAUCCCAGAUGCCAGCAUAACAGCUUCAUCCUCGUGGAAUGUCAAAACUUAUGGUCCAGAACGCGCGAGACUUGGCACAACAAGAGAAGGAUCAAAAAGAGGYGCAUGGUCUGCMAAAACUAACAAGGGCAAUCAAUGGCUUCAGGUGAAGUUGGACMAAACYAGUAAAAUUACAAGUGUUGCGACACAAGGUCGUCMGGAUUCAAAACAAUGGGUAAAAACCUUUACAUUGGAAUACAGUCAGGACGGACUGCACUUUGAGAAAUAUUUGAAAGGCAAAGAGGUGAUUCUUGGAAAUACCGAUCAGAAUACUCCYCAUGGACUAAUUCUUGAUCCGCCAAUCAUUGCUAGGUAUAUUCGAGUAUUGCCAAAAUCAUAUCACGGACAUAUAUCUAUGAGAAUGGAGGUCUACGGGUGUACGUCAGGAUUUACACUCCCGCCAUCGCCCAGUUGUCUAAAGCCACUUGGUUUAGAGGACAAACGGAUAACAGAUGAACAGAUGAUGGCCUCAUCUCAAUGGAGUGAUAGUCAUGCCGCUAGAAAUGGUAGACUAAAUUCUAAGAAARCAGGAAGUAAUAGAGGGGCGUGGUCAGCAUUACGUAACAACGUCUACCAAUGGCUAGGGGUUAUGUUUCCCAAUGUUGUCAAGGUAACAAUGUUCGCCACUCAAGGACGUCAAGACCAUCCCCAGUGGGUGAAGACGUAUAAACURGAAUACAGUCUYGAUGGMUAUGAGUAUAAGACUUACUCRAUAAAGGGACAACCAAAAAUUUUUAAUGGAAACAGUGAUCAGAACACGCCAGUAGCACAUCGUCUAACCAAAGAAAUUUUUGCCCGAUACGUUCGUGUGGUACCAUUAACSUGGAAAAGACAYAUUUCAAUGAGACUCGAAAUUUAUGGAUGCACUGAAGGAUUCGUUGUGCCCUCUAUUCCUAAAUGCCGAGAGCCACUUGGACUUCAGAGUGGUUUGAUAAAGGAGGGUCAGAUAACUGCUUCUUCAGAGUUUAGCCGAACCCAUCGUGCAGACAAUGGCAGAUUGUUUUUCUACAAACGAAAAGRAAGAACUGGAGGAUGGUCAGCAAAAAGRACAGAUUCUAAUCAGUGGCUGCAGGUCGACUUUGAAAAGCACGUGGAGAUUAAGGCAGUAGCAACACAGGGCCGUGAGGAUGCCAACCAGUAUGUUAAAAGAUUCACCUUGGCUUACAGUAGUGAUGGAAUUUUCUGGACAGAUUAUAGAAACAAAGUUGACGGUAAUGUUAAGUUGUUUAAAGGAAACCGUGACCGAUUUAGAGUGGUGCGCCACAUGCUGAAAAGAACAAUCAUCGCUCGGUUUAUCAGAAUCAAGCCAAAACAAUGGCACCGUUACAUAUCAAUGAGAGCUGAAUUCUAUGGUUGCAGGCAAGGAUUUCCUAUUCCAACACCUCCUGUUUGUUCCGAAUCCAUACGCCUUGGUGAUUGGAUGAUGUCUUCAUCGUCCUAUUAUAGAGAAAAACUUGGCCCCGUAUAUGGAAAAGUUGGAUAUAAAGGUGGAGACGGUUCCUGGUCAGCCAGAAAAAGAAGGAAAAACGAAUGGCUGCAAGUAACAUUCGACCAUGAGAUGAAAGUCACAGGAGUAGUGACUCAAGGCCGAAAUAAAGUUGAGCAGUGGGUAAAGAGUUAUAUUAUUGAAUACAGUCAAAAUGGAAAAACAUUCACUYCAUACAAAGAAAAGGGGGUCGUAAAGCUUUUCCAAGCGAACAAGGACAACAGGGACUUUGAAGUUCAUAAACUUGCCGAACCAAUAGUGGCUAUUGCUCUGCGUUUAAAGGUCAAAUCAUGGAAGGGAUGGGUAUCGAUGCGUAUGGGACUAUACGGAUGUCCAACAGGUAAAAAACCAGCCAGUCCCCCGUGUCAAACCCCCAUGGACGUGGGUAUCAUCAUGGACCGAUCAGGCAGUAUUGGCUCCGCUAACUUCAAGAAGUCUCAAGAUUUCGUGAUGAAAAUGAUCAAGCAUUUUGAGUACGCUUCAAGUGCAUCGCGACUCGGUGUCAUUGCUUAUAAUUCAAAGGCUAAUGUGAUAUUCAAGUUUAACGACAAAGCCGCUCAAAAUCCUCUCCAAUUGGAGAAAGUGAUUUACGGCAUCAAAUAUCUUAGAGGUGGAACCCGUACUGACAGAGCGAUCUCUUUAGCCAAUAGCCACCUUUAUUCUCCCAGCGGUGGUUACCUUAGCAACAGACCAAACGUUUUGUUUGUGUUGACUGAUGGUAAAACAAACAGGGGCAGUGAGCCGUACAAAACUGUUCUUGAUCCACUAUUGAAAAAGAAAGUUACCGUGAUUGCCGUUGGCGUUGGAAAAGGAAUUGACCGUAGUGAGCUCAAAGAGAUUGCUAAYUACAAAAACAAACACGUUUUCUUAUUCCAAAAUUUCAUGGAGUUAUCUGAGAAGUUAGACGAUAUCCUCAAGGCCUCUUGCCCUUAAGUAUGAUAUGACRACACCGAACGCACAUCAUGUGACCGUGAUUGUGAUUAUACUCUAUUGGGUGAAAUUGUGUGUCAUGGGUUAUAUAAUMUUCAUAGCAUAGCUGGGAAUAUUUAUUGUGUUCUAAGAAUUUUUAA